AUAAUAUACAAAAUAUACGGCUGUGUCAGUGUGUUAUACACUAUAGUCUGCUAUACAUAUAUUGUAGUAUACGCCACGGACGGACUACGGACGAAAGGAACUGAAAGAUUAAUUUUACUUUUUACAUCAUUUAAAUAAUUGUGAACCAAAUCUUCACUAUUUUACUUCACUUUGCAGAAAUAACAAUAAAUCAUGUCGUCCCGCAAGACAGCCGGCCGCCGUGGCACCAACAAGAAGAGAGCCCAGCGCGCCACUUCCAAUGUGUUUGCUAUGUUCGACCAAGCUCAGAUUGCAGAGUUUAAGGAGGCUUUUAACAUGAUUGAUCAGAACAGGGAUGGCUUUGUUGAUAAAGAUGACCUCCAUGACAUGCUUGCUUCUCUUGGCAAGAACCCAGCAGAGGAUUAUCUGGAGGGUAUGAUGAAUGAGGCACCGGGGCCCAUCAACUUCACUAUGUUCCUCACACUGUUUGGUGAGCGCCUCCAAGGAACUGAUCCUGAAGAUGUCAUCAAAAAUGCUUUUGGGUGUUUUGAUGAAGAGAACACGGGCGUGAUACCGGAGGAGCGUCUGCGCGAGCUGCUGACCACCAUGGGCGACCGCUUCACCGACGACGACGUGGACGAGAUGCUCCGCGAGGCGCCCAUACGCGACGGGCUCUUCGACUAUGUCGAGUUCACGCGAAUUCUCAAACACGGCGCCAAAGACAAGGACGAACAAUAAGAUUAAGAUGUAUUUAAUAUGGCAGGUUUGUUAUUAUGCCCCAAAUUUAAGGUCCAUUUCAUUAGUUGUAACAGCUAUCCCGAAUUGAGUUUUCUUAAUUGGGAUAAAUAAUUUCAUCCAUAAAAAGGUAAUGGGUAAAGAUAAGUGAAAAAUUAAUGAGGAGGCGGUGAACAAAAUGAUGUAGUUAUGCUUCUGAGGAAAAUACUUUUUUAAAGAUCUGGAAUACAAAUCGAAAUCAUUUAUUUCUGAGCAAAAUGCCAUAAAAUUGUGUUAAAAUAGAGUUCAAAGCUCCAAUAUGGAUUAAAAUGUUUCAGCAGCUUUCAUUCAGUUUUUUUUUUUCGUUUUUCUGUAAAAUUUUAUUUUGUGUAAUUGCAACGUUUUGUUGGCCUUUUCAAGUUGUAGACUUUCCAAAUCUAUAUACAUAAUAUGUUUAAACCUGCUAAUUUCGUUAAAACCUGCCUUAUUAAUAUUUUAUCAAUUUUUAUUAAAAUUUUGUAAUCAUGUUAUACUUACCUAUGUAUUUAUGUUAUACCUAUUCACAAAAACUAAUCCACUUUGUAUCAGAGGAAUCUGUUUAGAUAUUAAGUUAUGAUUGUAUGGAAUUCAACAAUCUCGAAUGUCAGCGAGGUGCUAAAGAUAGAUAGGUACUACAUAAUAUAUGGAUUUGUUGCAUUUUGAUUGAUUUUAUAUUAUAUGCAUUUGUUUAGGGAGAUAAAUGAUGAUAUACUUACUAAUUAAUUCCAGAAAAUUACAUGAGCUAAUAUAAGUUUAAGACUACAUCGUUAAAAAGAUAUGAUCGGAAACGCCAACUGGUUUCCUCAUAGUUAGUGUUGUAUGGUGUUACCAAAAAACAGGAAAUGAGUCAUUACAGUGGUCAUGAUUUGAGGUUGGCUCUUAUCCAUAGUAAAUGUGAAAGCGAAUACAAACAGAUUUUGUCGCAAAAUGCGUCAUUGCGUGUAUUUUAUGACCAUACGUUGCGUUUUAGUCAAAAUUUUGUCAUUUAUGUUGUUCACCUCGAUUCAACAAACGCUACCUGAAAUUUGUCUAUAGUUUUAGACCGAUGCAUGUGGACAUAACAAAUUAAUGCUAACAUAAUCCUAAAAGCCCAUGAACAUUGGGUGUGACGUUUGAUUUAUUGAUGCAUUUAGUAUUCAUUGGAUCUGUAUCCUGUAUAUUAUGUGGGCUGUAUACAUAUACAGUUUAUAGGGACACAUAAACUUACAACAUAAGUCACUUAGGUCGACUUGCAUCAACAUUUUAAACCAGUUUAAAUUAAAUUUUCUAUCGUCUUUUUCUUGUCAACCAUGAAAUAAAGUCAAAAAGUGACUGCAUUAGAAAUUAAACGUGAUCAAGGAUUUUGGUGCAAGUGGGCCUUAUAUUUUUCAAAACACUAAUUUAUCGUGCUCAGCUAAAAUGUACCUCAACCAAUAUGUUGUAAAAUUAUGAUAUUACAACUUAAUAAAAUUAUCUUGGUCUUAAACUUCUUAAAUUAUCUUGAUUUUGUUUUAAUUUUGCGAUAGUUUAGCUCUAAACUAUCAAAAAGUUAAAUUAUUAAGAGUUGAUUCAAAAGAGUGAUUGAUAUUAUAAUGAAUGAUUUAACAAAGUAUUAAGUAAAAUCAUUCCGUUUUAGCAGACAACUGUAAUUAACUUAAGUAUGAAUUAUGAGUUAAAAAUAAGGUCCAACCAUACUUAUUAUAUGGCAAUUUAUUAAGUUUUAGAAAUGUAACCAUUUACUAUGCAAUCACGUAUGUACUUAUUGCGUUUUUUAUAAUAAACUCUUCUCAUUAUUA